CGGGGGGCGGGGCCGAGGCUCGCGGGCUCCUCUUAAACCCCGCGCAUCCUCCGCGCCUUCAUCAUCCUCCUCCUCAUCAUCCUCAUCAUCAUCCUCCUCCUCACCUCGUCACCAUCCCCACCACCCCGACAGCGGCCGUGUCCUGGGCAGCGCCCGGAUCGCGCGCUUUGAAGAGGAUCCCAGUCUUGUGACCCAACAGUUGUUCUCCUGAAGAAAAUCCAUUUUCCUGUGCCACCACCCCCAGCAGGAACCAUGGAGAAGUUCGUAUCAGAAAGGCCUGUUCCUGUGUCCAAGAAUGGAAUCCCUACUCUUCCUUCCCAGAAGAAGCCAGAUACAAACUCAUGCCCUCAUGCACCUGCUAGAUAUGUGAACUCUGGUGGGGUGGACACUGAGAGCUGCAAGGCUAACGAGAAGGAGAGGCAGUGGAUCCGCCCUGAUACACCCAGCAAGUGCACCUGGAAGCUUGGGAAACCCCUCUCUGCCUCCCCCCAUCAUCACACCACCCUGCCAGAGCCUCCAAAGAUCCUGCCAAGCAUCCUGAAUAAAGUUGGCAAUACACCUAUGGUGCGGAUCAACAAGAUUGGGAAGCACUUUGGGCUCAAGUGUGAACUCUUGGCCAAGUGUGAGUUCUUCAACGCCGGGGGCAGCGUGAAGGACCGCAUCAGCCUGAGGAUGGUGGAGGAUGCUGAGAGGGCUGGCAUCCUGAAGCCUGGGGACACCAUCAUAGAACCAACCUCUGGCAACACAGGGAUCGGGCUGGCGCUGGCGGCCGCGGUGAAGGGUUACCGCUGCAUCAUCGUCAUGCCAGAGAAAAUGAGCAUGGAGAAGGUUGAUGUCCUGAGAGCUCUGGGUGCUGAGAUUGUGAGGACCCCAACUACAGCCAGAUUUGAUUCUCCUGAAUCUCACGUGGGAGUGGCCUGGAGGUUGAAGAAUGAAAUUCCCAACGCACACAUCCUGGACCAGUACCGCAAUGCCAGCAACCCCCUGACCCACUAUGACACCACAGCUGAGGAGAUCCUGCAGCAGUGUGAUGGAAAGGUGGACAUGGUGGUGGCCACGGCUGGCACAGGGGGUACCAUCACUGGCAUCUCCAGAAAGCUGAAGGAGAAGUGCCCAGGGUGCAAAAUCAUAGGUGUGGAUCCUGAAGGCUCCAUCCUUGCUGAACCAGAAGAACUGAACAAGACUGACAAGACAAUGUAUGAAGUGGAAGGAAUUGGAUAUGAUUUUGUCCCCACAGUGCUGGACAGAUCUACAGUGGACCAGUGGUACAAGAGCAAUGAUGAGGAGUCCUUUGCCUUGGCACGGAUGAUGAUCCGCGAGGAGGGGCUGCUGUGUGGUGGCAGCUCGGGCAGUGCCAUGUCUGUGGCUGUGAAGGCAGCCAAGGAGCUGAAGGAGGGUCAGCGCUGCGUUGUCAUCUGCCCCGACUCCAUCAGGAACUACAUGUCCAAGUUCUUGAGUGACAAAUGGAUGAUUCAGAAAGGGUUCAUGAAAGAAGAAGACCUUGGUAACAAACCUUGGUGGUGGAACAUCAGUAUCCAGGAGCUGAGCCUCUCUGCCCCCCUGACUGUGCUGCCCACUGUCACCUGUGCCAAGACUGUGGAAAUUCUCCGGGAGAAGGGAUUCGACCAGGUACCAGUUGUUGAUGAAUCUGGGGUGAUCCUGGGCAUGGUUACCCUGGGUAACAUGCUUUCCUCACUGCUUGUUGGAAAAGUUAAACCUUCUGAUGAAGUCAGAAAAGUAAUCUACAAGCAAUUUCAACAGAUUAACCUGAAAGACAACUUGGGGAAGCUCUCUCACAUCCUGGAAAUAGAUCACUUUGCUCUGGUGGUUCAUGAACAAAUUCAAUACCACACGGAUGGCUCCUCCAGCAAGAGGCAGAUGGUGUUUGGCAUCGUCACAGCCAUCGACCUCCUGAACUUUGUGACCGCGCGGGAGCGGGAGAGGAAAUCCAUCUAAAACCAAGCACCAACCUGGAGCCUCCUCGGCAUUUUCCAGCCUCAAACAAAGAAUCACAUCUAUGUCUUAAGUAGAAUUUCUUUUUUCUCUUUUUUUUU